ACCGCCCUGCAAUGGAUGGUCAGCUACCUCACCCAUCGCCGUCAACGUGUUCGUGUCGGCGACGCCUUCAGUGAGUGGCAAGCCAUACCAGCAGGGGUGCCCCAAGGAUCCGUUCUAGGCCCCCUGCUGUUCUUGAUCUACACCAUUGACCUGCCCUCUGCCUGCACUAACUCGAACACAUUCUGUGAUUCCGUGGGACACGUGGCUAGCUGCACCGGGCCACCAUCCGGCAAAGGAAACCCUUUUGGCAAGGCCUUCCAUACCAUUGGAGGAAUAUGGAACGAGACGAUCUGCAUGGCGGACAGUGACGGUGAUGGCGUUGCUAACGGAGCGGAGCUUGGAGACCCCAACUGCACCUUUAUACAGGGUAGCACGCCAUUAAUCACCACUGGCAUUAGCCACCCAGGAUUUGCCUGCUCAACAGCUGCCGAUCCAUUCUGCUUGUCUUCCCCGGUCUCACAAUUCAUGACCGCACCGACUGGUGGAAGUGGUGCUACUACAGGGGCUGCAACGACCGGUCCUGCUACUACAACCAUGGUUGCAAACAUCGCCAUGGUGCUGCUGGGGGCAGUUGUGGCUCUCGUCAUGUAAACCAGAUGACAGUCAGCUCAUGUUGGUGGCCAUCUUUGUCGUGGGAACGGAAUCCAUCGUCUGGAGCAGCUAUGAAGAAGGCCCUAAUAAGGAUUUCCAAUUUUAGUAUUAUUUUCAAUAGUUGCAUAUUCACACUCAUUCGUUACGUGUUUUUCUCCCUUGCACCCUUUUCUCACCUUUUUUGUAUGCUAGAGUCUCGCAUCAUCAUUUAUUAUCAUUGUUUCUGGAUUUAGCUGUUCAUCUUUAUGCUUAGCCCUUUUGGCUGCCUUUCGUAUGUAACCCCUUGUACUUGUUCCCCUUUCCUUCCCUGUACCUCACCUGAAGACAAGGCUGGAAGGUAUACAUGUGAAUGUACCAGUAAAGGUCAA